AUGAACCACCUCCAAGACGAUGGCGAUCUUCCGCCUCCAUACUCUCCGAGCGCAAAUGCAUCCAGCAGCACCUCAGCCCAGCAUCCAGACCCUCAAUCUUAUUCAUCGCUCUUUUCAUCGCACGUGGCCAAUCUUCGGACCCAAAUCUCCGCGUCGCAGGCUUACCGAGCCUCACUCACAGACGAUCGCGACAGCUACAUCUUAUCCAUCAUCUACCCACAUGUGGAGGAAUUCAUAUCGUCGAUUUCUGAAAUACAUCCGACGCCGAGGCUUGCAGAGGCGAUUCUAGUACCCGAUGCAGCGGUCAGCGAUGGCUGGAAGUUCAAUGAUGAAGACGAUAAGCGAGAUGGGGAAUACAGGACGCUGAUUCGCAUUUGCGAGGGCAAAAAGAAAGAUGUCAAUGACGACAAGAAACAGUGGCCGUCCGAAAAGGGAUCUGGUAGCCGUAAUGAAAACAAUGAUGAGAACAGCCUAGCUUUGUGGUGGGAAAGCGAAAGUACAGCGAUUCGGCUUGCCAAGCACUUACAACCUCAGCGUCCAGCUUCUUCUUCGACAGAUGGACAAGCUGCCAAAGAACGCAGCAGCAAAAAGUCUGGUAUUCGGGGGUUGUUCAAAAGAUCUGAAGAGGUGCCGCAGAAUGUUCCUUCAAAGGAAGAGAGACCUGUGGAAAGAGUGACGAUGACUACAAGAGCAGAAGAGAUCACCUUCAGAAAAGAGAACGAGCUUGGGAUCUGGGAGACUAGGACUGGAUGGGGGAUCAUCUUGCGAGUGAGGAUUCACAGUUCUUGA